AUGAGUCGAUCAGGCCAGCCUCCGGAUCUCAAAAAGUACAUGGACAAGAAACUCCAGAUUAAGCUGAAUGCCAACAGAAUGGUGGUUGGAACUCUCCGUGGGUUUGACCAGUUCAUGAAUCUUGUUGUGGAUAACACUGUUGAAGUCAAUGGUGAUGACAAAACUGACAUUGGCAUGGUGGUGAUAAGAGGAAACAGCAUUGUCACCGUUGAAGCUCUUGAACCAGUUGGAAGAUCUUAG